UUGGAAAUAACAAGUUAAAUAUCUUAAUAAACUCUAGAUAUGGAUUAUUACCCUUUUAUAUUCUCUCUAUAUUAAGAUAUCAGUCAAUAUUUGUGUCGACUUGAAACAAAGGAUACAUUGAGUUGUUUAACAAAGACCUUAUUGUAGACAUAAUUUUAAUAGUAAUUAAAUUUCGUGUUGAAAUUUAUCAAUAUUAUACAAAAUGUAGUGUGAAGAUCCUUCAAUGUUGUAUCAAUUGGGAUUAUUAAACCUUUAAAAAAAGUGUGAUCCUUUGUGAUAGUUUGCUAAAACAACACCGGGAAGAGUGUGAUAUCCAUAUUAAAAGAAUUACAACUAAUUCAGAAUAGGAUUAACAGAGGAUAUUUAGUUAUCAAAAUAUCUUUGAGUUCGUGUUAAAUAACUUAAAUUCAAUUAAAAUUAUUGAAAAGCUAACAGCAAAAGAAAAAACUCGCGCAGUGUUAAUUUAACGAAAGUAAACAUUAUUUCAAAAUACAGUCAACAUUUUUUAAACUACAUACUAUUUUUCUUUGAUAAUGUCUUAGCACCGGAUGUGUGCAUUUCAUUUAAUAGACGAGUUCAUUUCAGAUGUAUGCACGCGAAAAAAAAUCGUAUUUAACCAGUAUAAUAAUGAAUACCUGCUCUUUUAAAGUGAAUUUCCAAUAUUGUGGUUCAGGUAAAUUCUGGACAAUUGAGCGUAUCGUAAUUCAUUGACUGACUGCAGUGAGCAGAGUUACAAUAUGAAUCGUAAAUAUUUAUUACUUAUUGGUGAAACAUGCAGGAAAUCUGGAUACAAUUCUAAAUAAACAAAUUUGUUGAAGAAAUAUAAACUUGUGUAACCAAAAGGACUUGAAACAAACGCAACAAGAAAUUAAAUAAACAAAUAAACUUUCAAAGAGACAUAAUCGGAAGUUUCAGUUGAAAUCAAGGAACUUCUAAAUAUAACCAAUAUGUUUUAAUUUGAUGUAACAUACAAAUUCAAUUAAAUGCCAUCUUACAAUAAGAUGGAUAAGUGACUGGAAUUAACUACAUGCGCGAAAAAGAAUGGGAUAUUAUUCGGAUCAAAUGAUCAAUUUGUGUAUUAAAAAACGAAAAGAUACCAAACAAAUAAAAACAAAUAACUAAAAAGUGUAUCAUGAUUUUAGAAAAAUAAAAUAAACCAGUACAUGCAAAAAUACCAUUUUAUAUGCAUUACUACAAAAGUUUGUAGUUUCCUUUCAAAACGUUAUAUUUUAGAUCGUUGAAACUGUGUUCAAAUAAAGAAUAUUAUAUAUAACUGAUAUAUCAGUUAAUACUAGUGUACAAUGGGAUGUUCACACUCAGUGUCGUACACAAAACAUUCAUACAAACAUUUUAAUGCACUAAGCUAUAGAAAGAAAGCACUGUUAGUGUUUAGUAUUAAAGGUCCAAUUCAACUGUCUUCAAAAGAGAGACAAAUAGUACGGCAGACAUGGCCAGCAUUGGUUAACGACUUGCAAGGAAAUGGACUACAACUUUUCCUGAGAAUAUUCGAACUUUGUCCCGAGGUAAAAGCUCUCUUCCAUGUGGACAACGUACGGCAUUCACAACUUGCUCGAAAUGUGAACAUAAAAGCGCACGGAAAACGUUUUAUUAGUGCUAUCGGAGCAGCUGUGGACAGUGUUGACGAAUUUGAUAAAGAAGACAACGAGUUCUUUAAGUUUUUGUUUAGCCUUGGACAACAGCAUCAAAGAUAUGCCGGAUUCCGGCCCGAAUAUUUUGAAAUAUUUCACGAAGCACUUAUGCGCCAAUGGGAACUGUGCAUGGGCAAUCAAUUUACGAAGGAGGUAUCCGAAUCAUGGAGUCAUUUGUUUGUUUAUCUAAUGGGAAAACUAAAAGAGGGAUAUCUUUCACACGCUGCUUCUUUUGAAGCUCAUUUGAAAAGUAAAAAUGAAAUGUAAAAAGUGCAUAUUUUAUCAUUUGAAUACCGGAUGUUCUAAACAAUGGAAUAUUGAAAUCUGUGAUAAAAAGAUUCUGAAUUGACAACAAAGUAACUCUGUGAUAAGAAUAAGCCGAAUGUUUGUAGUACUGUACAUACUCUUUAUCUAGAAAAUAUAUAUAUUUAUUUGAAUGCAAAUAUAUAUAAAAAAAAAUUAUUGUCUUAAGAAACGACGAAAAGUGCCAUUCAUUGAAACAUUCUCUUUCUUAUUCAUGUUUAUUUUAUCACUCUGUAUGUAACUAAAUUUGAUAUCUUGAGAUGUAUUUGUUAUUUGCCAAUGUUGAUUUGACACGUCAUGCUUUCGUAUAAAUUAAUGAAGACGUUGAAUGCAUAUACAAUGUAUGAUGAUAAAAUAUUGUAUUGUAUUGUAUUGAUAAGUUUACAGAUAUACUUAAGUGUUUCUAUUCUGUGAACAGCCAAUGCAACUAAACAGUUUGAUGCACAUUACUGACAUGCAAUGUAUAUCUAAAUGCGCUUUGAAUAAAUCUAACACUUUA